GCGAUUAUGAGAUAGUUGACUUUAUUGAAAAUGGGCUUGUUGAAGUCGUGGCAAAGUGCAAGAGAAAGGACACUGAAGAGCCUGUGGCCAUAAAAUUCUUGAGAAGUAGCAAGAGCGCGAUGAAGGAGGUGUCCAUUUUAGAAGAAUUAAUGAGACACAAUCUGGAUCAACACAACAUUGUAAAGCUCUACAGCUGGUACCAGAUGAAAAACACCAUUGGUCUGGUGUUGGAAUUGCUAGAUAUCACCCUUUGGGACUACAUGAAGGGGGAUCGUCUGCCUUUAAAGGAUAUCAGGCUCAUCACAGAGCAGAUGGCCACAGCUUUAUAUGGACUGAAGAGUGUUGGAGUGAUCCAUGGAGAUAUAAAACCCAACAACAUCAUGCUGGUGAAGGAUCAGGAGCAGUCCUUCACACUGAAGCUUAUUGAUUUUGGCUUGUCAUUUCAUACAUCUGAAGGUGUGGUGGGCACUCGUUACCAGGUACCUUAUUACAGAGCUCCAGAGAUCAUGCUAGGACUUCCCUUCAAUGAAGCCAUUGACAUGUGGUCUCUUGGCGCUGUGCUGGGCUUCAUGAUGUUUGGAGAGCUCAUCUUCCCAUGGUUCUGUGAAUAUAAUCUGAUGCAGUCUAUUUGUGAAAUCUUGGGCCAACCAGCAGACCAUCUUCUCAAUGCUGGUCUAAAAACAAGCGAGUUUUUCAUCAAGACCUCUGACAAUAAGUUUACCCUCAUGACACAUGACCAGUAUUGGAAAAACAAGAUUUCCUUUGGCAACAAGAAAUUUGCCUUCAGCUCUCUGGACGAUCUGAAGGUGUUAGGCAAGGAGCUGGGGAAUGAAGCUGAGGGAUGGGGGCAGUGUGUUGAACUGCUGAAAGCGAUGCUCAAGGUGGAUGCCAGUGAGAGGAUCACCCCCAGUGAGGUCCUUAGGCAUCCCUUCAUCACACAGAGCUACCUGAAUGAGAAUCAGCAGCCAGCAGCAGAUGAGCCCAGAACCAGUCAGGCCUCAACCGACCUCAGAAGCAUAGAGUCUGUGUCUGAUGCUGAUGACAGUAUCAAGGCUGACCAAACUGAAGAUACUCAAAGUGACAGAAACCACUUCAGUGACGUACUGCGUUGUAAAACUCUAGUGCUGGAUGCUGACCCUCCUGGCAGUGAUCAGGACACCAGUGCUCCUGAGGAGAUCCAGUCGAUCAUCACAGAACUAGAGGAGACCAUAUCAGAUGACAGCAAGGCCCAUGAGGAGACCAAGAAGAAGAAGAAGAAGAAGAAGAAGAAGAAAAACUGCAUCAGACGCUUCUUCUCAUGGAUGAGGAAGACAUUUUGCUUUUGUAGUUCAACAAAAGUUCAGGACUAGAUGACAAAGAUGGUAACCUUAUUAGCCCAAAUACAGAAUGAAGAAUCAAUGCAUAAUCAGUAUGCUUAAAACAAAAUAAUUCACACAAAUAAGCAUAACACUACACACUUUCUGAUACUUCCU